UAAUUCGUUUUAAUUUCAAUAUUGACUUUUAAUCUGUGCAGAAGUGUUUUAUAGUCGGCAGAAUGCUUCAUUUUUCAAAUAUUUUUGCUGUGGCCUGUGUUUGUGUGUUGUUCGUCAUUUGUGGCCGGGUGCAAUGUGAGGCCGAUCUCCGCAGUGAUGACGAAUUGGUACAGCAUUACACCAAUGUUUACAAAAUCAAAGAAGAAAUGCAAAGAAUACAAAGUGGCGUGGAAAUUGUCAAGAAAAAAUUCCAGCAGCAGCUGAAAUUACUCCAAGAUCUCCGAACAGCCAAAGAGGCUGCAGCUACCAACAAAAACGAUGAGAUCUGUGAUCAAAUGUCGCGUUUUGUUGAGGCCACCAAACGCAAACAUCAAUCCUUUGAAACUCGACUGGCCCAGAAACUGGAUGAAAUUCAAGACGAACAAAAUGAGCUGUCAUUGAAUAUUUUAAAUCGCAAAAAUUGUGCCCCACCAAACCAUGUGUCCUCCAUUGCGGAAUCAUCAUCUACGGCUUCUCUAUCCGAAAUCUCAGAAAAGUUAAUGCAUUUCGAAAAACAAAUACAGCAAUUGGGGACUAAACAGGCAAAGCUACAGCAACAGCAGGUCGAACAAAUGAAUUUGAUCACGGAAAUUGUUGAAAAGUUGUUGCAGCAUACAGUGAAAUUUGAGAAAUUCGGAAAGGAGGUACCCACAGUUGUCAAGGAGGCAGUAUCAUCCUCGAAGGAUGUGUCGCGACCACAUCAUGCGGUGUUACCAAUCGAUUUUAUUUUGGGUAUGACACAAAAACAAAAUGAAAUUAAGAAAUAAAGAGAAUUGGAUUUGUAAAA